AGCGUCGCGAGAAGAUCAAGUUCAAGUUCAAGAGUUUUGUGAGACUGGAAUGCUACUGCCGGUGCCGCUGUUGAACGGUUUCAAAUUUGAAUUGUUUUUUGGUUGUUUGGGAGGGUGGCGUUUGGCAUUUUUACCAGUGUGUGAUUAGUGACUCGACAAAAAGUGACUGACAGAGGAACAACCGUCGGGUGUUUGGACGGAGGCGUUACAGUGUGAUUUGUUUCGAGUAAUUAAACUAAUUAGCAGGACGGAUGAUUCUGGCACAAUAACGGUUCGCUGGACUGUGAUAAUUUAUUUUGCGGAGGCUGUAAAAUUUGGUGGAAUACUCUAAAUCGUUUAGGUGCGAGUACUGAGGCAGAAAAAAACCGAAAAAAAGAGAACUACCUUCAAUUUACUGUUGUAUAUGAACUGCUUACUGGUCAGCAGGCCAAUGUUUACAAUUGUUCUGGUAGAACGUGUCAAGAAAGUUGCUAUUGCUGUGCUGAAGUAGUCUGUGCUAGUAGUUCUGUCGAGCGCUCUUGUCUUAGAUAAACACACCAGAUAGGAGAAGCAGCAGUAGCAGCAGCAACAGCAGAACUUGAAGCUCCGAAAAACAAACAUGACACGAACGGUUGGCCACCACACUAGUGCGACACAUCUCCAACACCGGAAGCGGCCAUUUUUCACCGCCACCAUAAUCACACAUGUUUCCCGCCAGGCACUGACCGCCACGAUGGUAACGAUCCUGCUGGCUUCCGCCGUUGGAAUGCUGCUGGGUGCCGGCAUGGGGUCAGCCUAUACGCUGUCCAGUCCCGGGACGGCUGCGGCGAAACUUAACCUAAUGAAAUCGCUUAAACGGGAUGCCGUCAAUGUUAAGAUGAAAUUUGAUUUUAAACCCUUCAAAACGAGGACCGGAAAACCUAAUAACUUGAAAAAAUUUCGCCAGGAUGAUCUGCUGGAGUAUUUCCCGUCCCCCGCGUUGGAUGAGGAUGAAUUGCUAGCCAAUAGGGUGGGCAUCGUGGUGGGAGCGGUCGGAAAUACGCUGUCACAGCUCUUCUUCGGCACAGAUGAGGUCCGGUCCGAGGUGACCUUCUGGUGUUCGAAACCCGAUCAUCUGGCAUAUCAGCAAGUGUUUGUUAACGAUCCGUACGUUCACAAAAAAAUAGAUAUUACGAAGCCUAUAGUUUUCCUAACCCAUGGCUGGACGGAUAAUGUCAACCGAACUUGGGUACGGGAGAUUGUCGUUGAUUAUAUUAAACACUUUGGAGGUAACAUCUGUGCUGUGGACUGGAGCUAUCUGGGCUUAGUGGAGUACAAUCUGGCGGCUCGGAACACCGGCAAAGUUGGCCGGUAUCUCGCCAAGUUCAUUAAAUUCCUUCUCGCGCAAGGACUAACCAUCGAGCAGGUGACACUGGUGGGACACAGCAUGGGGGCGCACAUCUCCGGAAUCGCUGGUGCUGCCCUGGAUGGGAAAGUGCCGAUGAUUGUCGCCUUGGAUCCAGCGGGACCAUCCUUUACGAAACCCUUCCUGGUAUCGCCCCAAAAGCGACUGGACAAAACGGAUGCCUUGUUUGUGCAGGCGAUUCACACUGACAAGAACAUCAUUGGAACGGCCACGAAUGUGGGACAUCAGGACUUUUACACCAACAACGGAGCGAGUCCGCAGCCGGGCUGCGAAUUCCCGCUGGUCAACAAUGACACCACGAAAGCGUAUCAACGAUAUGGCAAUAAUCGUGAAAAUCGAAGUUCUUAAUGAAGUCCAAUGGGUCGAAUGUCGUAUACCACUUUGAUGAACUAAGCAUUUUCUGUUUACUGUACAAAUUUUAUGUUAAAAUGAAACAUAAAUUUUUUCAGCAAUUUUUCGAACUGCUUUAACAAAUCUGACGAAAAAUUUCAAGUUAUGAAAGCCACGAAAAGAAGCUUUAUCCAAAGAUUGUAAAACAUAUAUUUCCUUAAACCAUUCCCAGCGGAGAGAAAUCAGCUUUUACCCCGAAAAAUGA